AAAGCCGAGACGACGGCGGUGGUGGCGGUGAGCGCGUCGGAGCCUGCGCCGAGAACAUGCGGCGGGGAUGGGAAUGUGCCUAGUCCCGAGGCGGGACAGCCGGCCGCUGGCUGCGGGCUCCUCGGCUACAGAAUCCGAGCCCUGCUGCGGAGCUCCUGGCGACCAGGCUCCCAGGCGCUGUGGCGAGGCCGCGCGUCCCUGCCAACCCUCACCAUGAACACCAUCGUCUUCAACAAGCUCGGGGGAGCCGUGCUUUUUGAGGACCGAGGCACCCCUGAGCGGGAACGUGGCAGCCGGCCAUAUGGUGGCGUCCUGGAUAAUCCACACACACGCCCGGAGGUGGGCAUUCCAGACGGCCCGCCCCUCAAAGACAACCUCAGCCUGAGACACCGGAGGACCGGGGCCCGACAGAAUGGAGGGAAGGUGAGGCACAAGCGACAGGCCCUACAGGACAUGGCUCGGCCGCUUAAGCAGUGGCUUUACAAGCACCGUGACAACCCGUACCCCACGAAGACCGAGAAGAUACUCUUGGCCCUAGGCUCGCAGAUGACGCUGGUGCAGGUGUCAAACUGGUUCGCUAAUGCUAGACGUCGGCUGAAGAACACUGUUCGGCAGCCAGAUUUAAGUUGGGCCUUAAGAAUAAAGUUAUACAACAAAUACGUGCAGGGCAACGCAGAGCGGCUCAGCGUGAGCAGCGAUGACUCCUGCUCUGAAGAUGGAGAAAAUCCCCCAAGAAAUCACAUGAGCGAAGCUGGCUAUAGCACCCCUGCCCAUCACACUGUGAUUAAAGGCGAGAGCUCAGUGAUAAAAGCUGGAGUGAGACCAGAGUCAAGGGCAGCCGAGGACUAUGUGUCACCUCCCAAGUAUAAGAGCAGCUUGUUGAACCGUUACCUUAACGACUCUUUGAGACACGUCAUGGCCACGAGCACUGCCAUGAUGGGGAAAACAAGACAAAGGAACCAUUCCGGAUCUUUUAGCUCCAACGAAUUUGAAGAAGAGCUCGUGUCUCCGUCAUCAUCAGAAACGGAAGGCAACUUUGUUUAUCGCACAGACACUCCGGACAUUGGAUCUAGUAAAGGUGACAGUGCAGCUAACAGACGGGGGCCGAGCAAGGAUGACACAUACUGGAAAGAGAUCAAUGCAGCCAUGGCCUUAACAAACCUCGCCCAGGGAAAAGACGAAGUGCAGGGGACGACCAGCUGCAUCAUCCAGAAAUCUUCCCACAUAGCAGAAGUAAAGACAGUCAAGCUGCCGCUGGCACAGCGCUUCUAGACUGUGGCUGGGGGCGCUGAGCAUGCCAGUGAUUUUAUUUUUUAACCUAAAUCCUCACCCUAAGAGCCAAAACAGGGGGUGAAGAGGACUCCCUUAUAAACCUCCUGAGUUCAGCUAUCCUAAAUGUACCAGUUGCUUCUAUUAAAAAAAAAGACAUAUAAAUUAUAAAAAAUCAUUUUAAUCAAAAAUAUUAACUUAUUUUAUGUUACUGAAACUAUGCAUAAAGCACCUGCAUUACCAUUACAGUAAGUGCCUUGCUUCCCCUAGAUAAGCUCCAACGUGGGCACAGUGGAGAGCUGAGCCUCAAACAGUCGACGCCAACACUUGCUAGACCGCACCAUUCCAAACUGGCUCAGGACCGAAGCCAGAGUCACUAAAAGCCCUUGAAAUAAAUCCAGUCACACGUUAAAACUUGGAAAUCUGUCCAGCCAGAUGAAGUGAUCUUUUCUUUGUUUUUGUUCGGUUUUUGUUUUGUUUUGUUUCUUCAUGCCUCCAGGACUGGACACUGUUCUUUGUGCUUUCCAGGGUGAUGGUGAGAAUUUUUUGUGUGGGUUUUGGUUUGCGUGUCUGAUACGCCAGCAUAUCCAGAAUGAAAGGUUCAGCCUGCCCACAUGAUGCUAAGAAGAGACACUUUCAAACUAGUUGGAGAUUGCAGUGAGCACAUUGUAAUCAGAAAUUGUUUUCCCUAGUGCUGUUGGAAAGCAUCCCAAUGCCUUUAUAGCUAACUGGGAUUUUUCUUAUUCUGAGGUUUUACUGAAGUUUUGAAAAGAGCCAUAUUAUAUAAAUCACUGAAUUUUUUUUCCUGUGUAAAACUAAACCUAUAGUUUAGUUUUAAAACAUAAUCUUGUUUGCAUUAGAGUUCAGUGUUCCUUUGUGGUGGAAGCUGGCUUUCAUAUGGAGUGACUAAAAUCUUUUUAUUUUGGCUCAUUUCAAAUCACAAUUCUGAUGGACAAUUUGUAUUGCAAUGAGAACAAGACAAUGAAGGGAAAAUAUCUCUGUAUGGAUGUACAUAUACAUGCAGAAAUCUGAUUUUUAACAUUUUAAACGCAUGAGAAACAAAACAAGAACAGUCUUCGACUUUGCCCAGUAGGACAUUCAGUAAAAAUGAAGUGAAAUCUUGUGUUGAAAGAAAGAAUACUUUGUUUCUAAAUGACACUCCCACAGAGCGAAGCAAUCACCACUGAGGAAGAAGAGCCUUUUCCAUCGGACAGUAACUCCCUCCCCAGCUUGGAGGGAGGGAAACCUAAAGAAAAAUGGAGAUGCCGAAUAGAACAGCGCAAAUGUUCAACAGCAAAGGAAAAAGACUGGGCUAUUUUGGGGGAUGUUUUUCUGGGUAUGUAAUCUAUUUUUUUUUUUAGACUGGAAAGCAUUUUUGCAAGUGUGAAUGACAUCCGGCAGCACGGCGCAGGCUGACAUUUUUCUUCUUUAUUUUACAAAAUGCUUUUAAAAGCCAAAGGCCACUCUGGUUCCUGAGCGGACAUGACUGUCCUGAUGGCCAUCGGAGGACAUUUUUUUCAUGUAUGAUAGCAUUGGGGCGGGGGGCGGGGCUUGGGGGUUAUCUAGUGUAAUGAAGAUAAUUUGAUAUGAAAAUAUUUUGUAUGUAUAUUUUUACUUUGUUUUCUUAAGUGCAUUUUGCAGUUACAGUAGCCCGAGGUAAGGUGUCUACGUGAUGACUGUAUGAGUGGGUGAAGUAUUAGGUUCCUCUGUUGCAUCUUUUGAGAUCCAAAAUGCAAAGUGGGAGUCACCACAAAAUAACCCUGCCCGGACGUGCACAUGACAGUGAAAAACAAGGACAAAUACUUCACCCUUUUUCAUACUAUGAUAAGUUAUUCCGAUAUUAAAUAUUUUAAUAAAAAUGUUCUUGUUUUAACAUGUUGCAAUUAGAUAAAUGAAUGAUGGUUGUAUUUUAUUUGAAAUUAUCAUGGGUUUUUUUUUUCCAUCUCUUGGGGGAAAAUAUCAACUAAUUUGUUCUGUAUUAUGAACACAAGCCAAUGACAGGACAGUAUCCACAUAAUUUUCUUUAAAGUACCAAAGCUUGGAGUCCGGCCUGUACACACAUAAAAAAUAUAUAAUUAUCAUAUCCUGGGCAACUUCUCCAAUUACGAUUGCUUUAAUUUAUUAUUUUUUUUUUUCAUUGCUGUUGUUUUAAUUGUCUGGAAAUUAGAGCGCCCUCAUUCCUUAAAAGCACUUUGAACAAUGCCGAGCACCCAGCCAAGAGGCUGCUGUAAUUUAUAUUGAAAAGAAGGAGACUCACUCUUCUUUUUUAUUUUACAAUUGUAUUUUAAUAAAAUUAAUAACUGUCAGGAGUUCUUGACAGAUUUAAAAUAAAAGUUCGUUUCUAGCCAUUAGUGAUCAUGUGGGUUCUGUUUGCCUUUGAAAGCUAGCCAUGGGAGGGAGCAGCAGACAGGAGCAGCCUCGCAUGUGGGUCACGGAGCAGGAUUGCUAUAGUUGGAUCAAGUUUGAAUUCUGUCACUUUAGGCCACCAACCCACCUGUUAAGGCCCGAGACAGAAGCACAACACACACUGU